UUCACAAUCAGAUUGGAAGUAUUUGGUGUGCUGCCUCAGUUCGACGGGUAUAAAAACUUAGAGCCAAAACCCCACAACACACACCCCUGCACAGAGGACGUGAGGUCUACUGGGACGCCAACAUGUUUGAUUCCAAGUUCGCAGCUUUGGCUCUGCUGCUGUUGUCCAGCUGCUGCUGGGCCGACCCCAAGCUGCCAGAAGAAGACUCUGGGGAGCUUUCUGUCUCUGAACUUCUGAACCGAGCCAACAGAAACCUGGUUCCAUCUGAGAAUGAUCCCAUCCUGAUUGGAGGAGACAUCGCUAUCGACGAUGAUGCUGAGAAAAAUGCCGACCCCUGCACCAGCAGAGGCUGCAUGUGGGGCAAAUGGAGUGAUGGGAAUGUCUACGUCCCGUACUACAUCAGCAGUCAGUUCUCCUCCCGUGAGAAGUCCCUCAUCAUUCGUGGCCUGGAGUCUUUCUCUUCUUUCUCCUGCAUCCGCUUCAGAGACAAGCGCAGCACGGACCGUGAAUGGCUGAGCAUCGAGUCUCAGAACGGCUGCUGGUCCUACGUUGGCCGUCGCGGAGGAAAGCAGGUUGUAUCUCUGGCACGCAGUGGAUGUAUUUAUUAUGGUACCAUCCAGCAUGAGCUGCUCCAUGCGCUGGGAUUCAACCAUGAACAGACCCGCUCUGACAGGGACAACCACAUCAGAGUCCUGCUCCACAAUGUUAUAUCUGGAAUGGAACACAACUUCAAUAAGAUUGCGACCCUUAAUCAGGGCACGCCAUAUGACUACAACUCUGUCAUGCAGUACCACAAGUACGCGUUCUCCAGAAACAAUCAGCCUACCAUGUUACCCAUCCCUGACGCCAAUGUGUCCUUCGGUAAUGCUAAGGAGAUGAGCCGCAAUGACAUUGCAAGGGUCAACACGCUCUACAAGUGCUAGGAAGCUGGACGGUGGAGCUGUGGAAAGACAGUCUUCUUGUCAUUACUGGACAUCAACAAAUCUUCAUCUAAUAAACUAACUGGAAAACAA